CACUACUCCCCAUACCUCACUCCUCACACCUUGCGCACUGCACCGCACCGCACCGCACCCUCGCUCUACCCAAUCACUCGCGCGAACUGCUCCGACUCGCGCUACACCACCAAUCCUGAUCCAUACCCGCCUCCCCAAACUAGCUUUUUGUCCACGUCGAUUUCUGCGCGAACAUGGAGUCGUCGUGACGCGACACGCCACCAUAUUCUGACAUGAUGGGACCGACGCUGCUUUGGUCUUGGGAAGUUGGAACAGUACAUCGAAGUCGCAAUGCCGAACAAAGAUAGCGGAGCACAGUCCCGCUCCAUCACCGCCCAGGCAGAGACACCCGAGCCGCCCAGUGCUGGUGGAAGUGCGAAUGGGAGCAGUGGAGCGAGUACACCGACGCCAGCAACAGCAACAGCGCGAAAGCCAUCGAUACCGCAGACGAAAAACACAUCACUGAAUUCGGCCGAACGGAUACCCACACUGCGGAAGUCCUCGAGCAGUAACCUCACGCCAAUUGCUGCUUCUCCCGCUGCACAAAGCCCAAGAUCCUCUCGGAAUGCCUCACCCAUACGACAAGACAAGCCGCAGCAACUCUCUGCUGCCUUGUCAACGCAGCCGUCCGCAGCGGCUAUACAACGAGCAUUAUCCGCCUCGAGCGUUCCCCACCUGUCGCAAAAGGGCCCCACAUUGUCGGAAGCAGUCUCAAAGCUACCUGCCAGACAAGCACCCAAAGCGGCGCCAGGCACGGGCGACAACACACCACAAUGGCCAAUGUCACCACGUCUCAAGUCACCCCCACCAUCUGGACCAAGUUCCAGGCGUGGAUCAGCCGUUGCCGCCAAGAAGCCCGAAGCACCUAGCAUUCAGGUACUGAGCGCGACACCUCAAUCGGGCUCAGCAAUGCCACCAGGUCAGCCAGCAGCGGAUGCUCGAAGGCCUGAAGUGCAAUUGCAAGCACCACCACCUCCCAAGGCAUCCACUCGAGGACCGAGUGGGAAGUCGAUGCUGGAGACAGUGCAGGAGAAUAGCACUGAUGCUCAGGAACCAAGUCCUGCUGCCCUACAGGCCGCCGCAGACCUCAAGCCGCUCACAAAAGUGACCGAGGAUGACGCCAAACCAUCGCCGGUCAAGGGCGACAUGAAGGUAGAACGAGAGACGCCUGGCGAAAGUGGUAGCGAAAGUGCAGGAAAUAAGAGCGAUAGCAGCAAGCCUCGGGGCCGUCGCGAGUCACAAGGCGCAGUCAACUCGCAAGCGAAAAGAUCUCAAACAACGAGUGUUUCUGGCAAAGGCAGCUACCCCAUUGCAUCUGCCAAAGCCCGCCAAGAAGCUGGCAAGCAGAACAUGACAGUGGAGACCGAGACCGUGGCAUCGAUUCCGCAAUCUGGACUCGCUCCCGCUCGAGACUCUUCAAAUCUCCGUGCUUCAGACAGUGGUGCUAUAAGGCUGAAACCCAGCAACGAGACUAUACGGCCAAAGAAGGAGCGCAAAAAGGCUGAUCGCAAGACGAGGAGCGUGACGCAAGGCACAGCCACUUCCAAAGCCGACAUCUUCGAGGCAAGAGUGGCCAAUGCGGUAGAAGACGCGAAUACAUCCGACUCCGACGAGACGUUCGUUUACGAGUCGAAUCCACCAGAGCCGCAACGACGGCAGCGACAUCACUCAAGAACGCCAAGCGUCACUUCAUCGCAUAGCAUCGCCGACCAGCAGCGCAUUCGUCCGUAUGGCGACCCCUUUGAAGAGAGGCGCGUGGGCGGCAAACGAAGCAUGAAAUUUUCGACCAACCCCUACAAUGCUCUUGAUCCGGACACGCCCGACAGCAAUAAUGGCACAAUCAGAUCCAACACCCCGAGGCACUUUGGCCGACACGGUAGAGGUGCACACCACUCAGCUUCGUACGAUCAGCAAGACUCUCCUUUCACGCAAGCAACAAAGCUGCGCAACAGUCAUCUGAAUCAUGGUCGUACGCGACCCACUUCCCCAAGAAGUCCGCAGAACAUGCACUUUCAGCCUCGGAGCUUCCUCUCUGGAUCCAAGAAACAAGAACCCUACGACUUCGAUGCCGAACAGAAUGCCGACGAUGAACGGACGCCGCUUGUCGGUACCGUGAGGACCCCACGGCGGUAUAUGCACCACCAUCGCUUCGCUGGUAGCAUCAGCCAAAAUUCCAUGGACGAUUACGAUGAUGGUAACACCCGUGGUCGCUGGUGCUGUAGUGGCAGGCUUGGUGCCUGCCUGCUAACGACCCUUGUCGUCAUACUGGUGAUUGUGUCAGCCAUCUGCUUCGUCUUUGCAUCCAAUCGGCCCUUGUACGACGUCAAAAUUCACAAGAUUCAGAAUGUCUUGGCGAGCGAGGAGGAGCUCAUGCUUGACAUCCUCGUCGGCGCAGUCAACCCCAACACACUCGGUAUCUCGGUCAGCGACAUUGAUGUCAAUGUGUUCGCCAAAAGUAAACACGUGGGUAACGGUCGCGAGAACCAGACAGAAACCGAUGAGAGCAUUACGCCAAGGAGACGCGGCCGACGUGGGCUUCGCUCAUUGGGUGAUAAGGCUGGUGACCCAAACAAUCCAUCACAAGAUCCCGAUGGCCACUGGAAGCCACCAGGCGGCGACAAAGACUCGGAUCCCGACCUGGAAAAGGACGCGCAGACGAUGCUUCUCGGUAGGGUCUUCCGCUUUGAUCAGGCGCUCACCUUCGAGGCGUCGCCGAUCAAGCAGCACGAGCACGUGUCGACAGGUCAAUUGCGCCUGACAAAGCCAGGCAACAAGACGGAAUCUGGCGGUAGUGCGCGCUGGGAGGAGGUCAUCCAAUAUCCGUUCGAGCUCAUCGUUCGGGGCGUGCUGAAGUAUCAGCUGCCAGUAUCUUCUCGCGUGCAAAGCGCUGCAGUUGGCGCGAAGGUAAUGGUUCAUCCGGAAGAAGGAAUAGACGAAGGAGGUAAUAUGCGUGUUGAGCCCAUCGACCAUUCAGAACACUGGCAGUGGGUUGACUGGCCGGACAUUGACCCGGUUGAUGACGAUUCGGUCGACAGUAAAAGUAGGAUUGAAGAAGUCGAUUAAGUCUCGACCUCUAAACUGGGAGCGCGUCUUUGGGACUGGACUUGACCUCAACGGUCAUCACUGGCUACACUAUCGGUUUCACAUGUCCAAUUUGCAACAACAUUUUGAUUUAGCGUUUUAGCGACCAAGGAUAGAGGACAGGAAAAUCCUCUAGUGGAACUGGGAGGGCGUCCGUAUCACAACUUGGCAUCUUAAGACCAAGCGAGGAGUCAGAAUGGAGACGGAAUGAGCAUAUUUCAACGCGAAGAUGGGUUUACAAGGUGGCGCUCUUGUGGAAUCAGAGCGGCCGACGGCGCCACGCCAAUUUUUACUAUACCUACUUGCUACUUUCACCUGGCCAGAAAGGCCUUGUAUUGGGUAGAUACUUGAAGACAACAGCACUGCCGUGCACAAUAUCAUCGAUUGCCUAU